AUGUCACACCCUCCUCCCGGCCUGGGAGGCGGGGUCGCCAGGACCGGCCCUCCGCCCGGCUUCGGAUCGAGCAACAAUGCCGGCGGGCCUGCAGGCAGCGGCAACGGCGGUGCCACCACAGGCGGUGGUGCUACAGCUGCCGGUACCGCUGCCAUCGUGCGUGCCCAGAUCGUCUUCCUCCUCACGACAUUCACCGAGGAGUCGUUUGACAAGUCGGCUGCAGAGAUCAGGACGCUUGCAUCAACUCACGGUCCCGAGAUGUACCACCACUUUGUGCGCCGUACCGCCGUCGUCGCAUCGCCAGUGAUUCAGGUGCUCGUCCAGCACACGCAGCAGUACAAGGACGACAUGUCCGCCCCGCCUCCCCCAGUCCCCACCACUGGGCCUGCCGCGCUCGCGUUCAAGCUGCUGGCGACCGAGGCCGCUCGUGCAGCUCGCGAUGUCGCACUUGCGCCUCACUUUGUCCUCACAAUGCUCUCGCCAUCGCAAGGAACGCCGCUCCCUCUUCCCUCGCUGCGUUACUUCAACCUCGUGCCCCCGACCCUCUUCUCGUUGGCGGCGCUCACCCUCGCCAACCCGCACGUCUUCCCGACGACCCACCCCUCACACGACCAUGUCGUCCAGACGCUGCACGACACGUUCCCGACCGCCAUGGAGCUUCUUCGUACGGGCAUGCCCUUCUGGACGACUGUCAUUCCCGACCAGCCCCAGGACGACUUGACCAUGCAGGAGGCGCGCACUUUGAUUUUGGCCAUUUACCCUCGCGGUUCUACGCAGGGCGGCAGCGCGUCGCGCCCCCCGACGCCAACCAACCCUACCCCGCCUCACCCCUCGCCGCUCAACUCGGCAGACCGUGGCCUGUUCCUCCAGUCGCUCACCAUCAAGUUUUCCUCGCCAGCCAUCAUCCUUCAGACUCUGUCGGCUCUGUCGCCUGGCGGCGCUCCGCGGAGCCCGGGUGCGAUCCCCCUCGAGGACAUUUUGUUCGAGCUCGGCGACUCGCUCACGCAAGACGAGGGAACGGUCGAGGCCGUUGUUAGGCGCUGGUGGAGCCCCUGGUUGCUCGAGGAUGCCGACCAGGCUGCUAUCCAGGACGAGGCCGAGCACACGCUUCAUUACCUCGCCAGGGGUCUCAACGAGGGUCGCAACGUCGACUUUAGCGGUGUGAUCAGCGGCAUUGCCGCCGCCGCCCCUCAAGUGUCGUGGGUGGACGUUGUCAAGUCGUUUGACACUGCCAACUCGGUCUUGGCGCAGCCCUCGGCGCUCAACUUGGCCGCUGCGCUCCUCCUGGUCCCUCCCCAGACUCCCGUCCCCUCGAUCGCCGGUCUUCUCCCUGCGUCGCCCGAGGAGCCCACCUGGGACCACCUGUCGGCGCUGCUUUACGUUCUCCGCAACCUUGCCACCCUGGCGCCCGACUCGCUGCCCAUCUUCACUCUCCCCACCUCGCCUGCUCUCGAGGCGUUUGCGCGCAUCGUGGAGCCCUUCCCUGCCGAGGCGCAGGUCAGCAAGGCUGUGCGCCAGCAGGCAAAGGACGUUCAGGCUGCGGGCCUCUGGAACUGUCUUGGUCUGAUUCAGGUCCUCAUCAAGGCAUGCGCUCUCGCUGAUGCCGAUGACGCUGUUGAUCGCGAGGAGCGUGUCGACAUUGGGCGUCGUGCCACCGAGCUCCUGGAGCGUGCCGCCAACCUCGCCCCCGAGUUGGUCCUCAUUGCUCUCGAAAAGCUCCCCAAGCCCUUCCCCGUGCCCAUUGCUGCCAUGCACUCGAAGAUUACGGAGAUUUACAUCGCCAACCCGCCCGCGGCUCUGGCCUCGCCCUCGCUCGUCUUCCAGCAGAUGUGGGAGCUCAACCCCACGGGUCUCCUGGAACUCCUCACCGAGUUUUACUCGGAGGACGAGAACAACCUCGGCAAGGUCGUGGAGAUUGCCCUCGAGCUCCAGAUUCUCGACAAGCUCCUCAAGAGCGACAACCUGCACUUUGCCCUCGACGUGGCUUCGCUCGCGUCGAGCAAGGAGUUCUUCAACCUCGAGAACUGGCUGGCAGACAGUGUUGCCGUCAGCGGCCAAGACUUCCUCCAGGCCGUCUUUGACUUUGUCGAGCACAAGGUUCAGCUCGAGAUGGACAACCAGCACCAGCCCGAGUCUGUCCCGCCUCUCAUGUUCACCCUCUCGGACGAGGCCUACUCCAUCUUCAUCCGUGUCAUUCGCAACGCCGAGGACCUCGACCGCGAGGACAUCGCGCGCUUCAAGACCCUCCGCACCGACAUUCUCAUCCUCCACCCGCGUCUCCUCAACCUUCGUCCCCGCGACACCAAGGAGCAGGGCUUUGCCGUUGCGGCCUACAACAAGAGCGUCUCGUCCGAGGUCGACGAGAUGUACCGCCGCAUGUACAGCGAGGACAAUGACCUUACUCUCGACAAGGUUGUUGACGACUUCAAGCAGUACGCCGUCUCGGACGACAGUCGUCAGCGUGACAUCUUUGCGGCUGCUCUCCACUCGCUCUUUGACGAGUACAAGUUUAUCAAGACGUACCCGCCUCGCGAGCUGGCAAUGACUGGUAUCCUCUUUGGUGCCAUCAUUGACGCACGUCUUGUCAAGGACACGCCCGCGUUCGUUGCGACUCGCUACGUCCUCGACGCCUGCAAGUCUCCCCCUCACGAGCCCACGUACCAGUUUGGUGUCUCGGCCCUGAGCGUCCUCCGUGGCUCUCUUGUCGACUUCCCCGGUCUCUGCCGCUCGCUGCUCGAGAUCCCUGCUCUGCACGAGUCGCACCCGGGUUACAUCAACGAGAUCCACGCCGCCCUUGCUGAGCGCGAGGAGCUCGACCAGCAGGGUGGCGUCAAGCUUGCCUUCCCUGCUCUCAAGCUCCCGAUUCUCAUCGAGUCGGGCGACGACGAGUUCAAGGAGCCCGAGCCCAAGCUGCGUGACGCGAUCAUGUUCAUCAUCAACAACAUUGCGCCCAACAACUACGAGGCCAAGUCGCAAGAGCUGCUCAAGCUCUUCGAGCCCCAGUACUCGCGCUGGUUUGCGCACUACUUUAUCGACGUGCGCGUCAGUCUCGAGGCCAACCGUCACGAGCUUUACAUGCAGCUCCUCGACCUCCUCAACCUGCCGCUCCUCGAGCGUCACGUCCUGUGGGAGACGUACCGCAAGGCUCGUGACCUCCUCAACGCCGAGUCGACCCUCACGUCUGCGUCGGACCGCACCACGCUCAAGACUGUUGCGCUCUGGCUGGGUCGUAUCACGCUCGCCCGUGGCCUUCCUAUCAAGCACCGUGAGCUCUCGGUCAAGGACGUCCUUGUCCAGGGUUACGACAACAAGCGCCUCAUCGUCGCCAUCCCCUUCGUUGCCAACCUCAUGGUCGCGUGCAAGGGAUCGACCGUGUUCCACAUCCCCAACCCGUGGUUCCUCGCUGUCAUUCGCGUGCUCGUCGAGCUUUACCACUUUGGUGACCUGAAGCUCAACAUGAAGUUUGAGAUUGAGGUGCUUUUCAGCAAGCUCGAGAUCCAGCUCGAGUCGGUGGAGCCUUCGGACAUUAUCCGCACGCACACGCCGCCUCCCCAGCCCCAGGAGCACUCAGCCAACCGCCUCGAGCUCGAGCUCCAGCGCCAGCUCGUCACCGGCGAUGUCACCAACGGCAGCCGCCAGGGUGGCUUCACCGAGGCGCCCCUGGACGACCCCUUCUCGCGCAUGCAGGCGAUGCAGAGCGAGCAGGCUGCCCAGGCUGCGCACGAGCAGUUCCUCCAGAACGUCGACGACCUCAUUCGCCAGCUUCCCGAGUACCUGCACUUCAACUCGGACCUCGGGGUCCUCCAGGCUCCGACGUUCAAGCGUAUUGUCCUGCACUCGAUCGAGCGUGCGAUCCGCGAGAUUGUCUCGCCCGUUGUGGAGCGCUCGGUCACCAUUGCGGGCAUCUCGUCGCGCGACCUCGUGCAGAAGGACUUUGGCACCGAGGGCGACUCGAUGAAGAUGCGCAAGGCUGCCCACCUCAUGGUCCAGAACCUGGCUGGCAACCUCGCCCUUGUCACCUGCAAGGAGCCCCUCCGCAGCAGCCUCAUUGCCCACAUCCGCGCUCUCGUGUCGCAGAACGGCUUCACCGAGGAGAACGUCCCCGACGCCGUCAUCGCUGGCGUUGUCAACGAGAACAUUGACGUCGCUUGCGACAUUAUCCGCAAGGCUGCCAUGGAGAAGGCUAUCCGCGACAUUGACGUCAACCUCCAGCCGCAGUUUGCUGCUCGCAAGGCCCACCGCGACUCGCGCAGCCAGGCUCCCUUCUGGGACGGCGCGUCGUUUGGUGUCGCCAUCUCGCACACUGCUCUGCCCGACCCUCUUCGCCUCCGCUCGGGUGGUCUUACUCCUCAGCAGCUCCGCGUCUACGAGGACUUUGCCGAGUCGGCACGUGCGAUCCAGCAGCAGCAGCAACAGCAGCAGCAGCAGGCCGCGCAGCAGAACGGCGGCGACGACAGCUACAUUGCCGCCGGUUACCGCGAGCUCGGCCUUGCCGGCGAGACUCUCGCGCCUCCCGAGGUCAAGCGUGGCCCCUCGCCGCGCUACCCGGACGAGCCGUCGAUGAUGCCGCCCCAGAUGACGAUCGAAAAGUUCCACGAGAUUGUCGGCGAGAUUGAGAAGCUCCUCGCCCACACGACUGUCAAGUCGAUCUCGCAGCUCGAACCCGAGCACGACCUUCGUGCCCUCAGCCGCACCAUCAUUGUGCUCGCGCACUCGUCGCUGUCGCGCGAGGCCACCACCCUGGCCAUCGCGCAGAAGAUUGUCCAGCUGCUCUACAAGACCGACUCGCCACUCGGCCGCGAGAUUUACGUCGUGCUUCUCCAGCAGCUCUGCGCUCACGCGCCCAAGGUCGACCGCGAGGUCAAGUCGUGGCUCGUCUACGCCGAGGACCCGCGCAAGUACAACGUUGACGUCACGGUGGUCCUCAUCCGUGCCGGCUUUAUCCGUGUUGCCGAGCUCGACGCUCAGCUCGCCAAGCAGAUCCCUCGCAGCUUUGCCAGCGACCUCGUCGACUUUGUCGCUCACCUCAUCCGCGAGUGCUCGCUCGACGCUACCAACGCGUUCAUCAACCGCAACGCGUUUACGCUCUGUAUCGCUGCGCUCCUCAAGGCCCACGAGAUGGGCCAGUCGACCACCGAUGCCGACCAGCUCCUCGAGGACCUGCGUGGCGACGCUCGCGACGGCAAGCAGACGCCCAUCGACCCCAAGACCCACGAGCGUCUCCAGCACUACUUCUUCGAGUGGGUGCGCCUCUUCACUGAGAACCCCAACUCGCCCGAGGUCUCGUUUGUGCCCUACAUCACUUGGCUCCAGAACGACAACAUUCUGGGCGGCGAGGAUGUCUCAACCGCGUUCUACACGACUGCCAUCAAGUCUGCCGUCGAGUGCGACACCAAGUCCGAGUCUGGCCAGUGGUUCGGUACCGACUCGCUUGCCAAGCUCAUCAUCCUUAUUGUCAAGAACUAUGGCGACAAGAGCGGCCCCGGCAGCGUGACCCGCACCGUCUACUACUUUAACAAGAUUGUCACCAUCAUGUCGUACAGCCUUGUCCGUGCGCAGCUCAACACCGAGGAGCCCUUUGACCAGCGCCCGUGGUCGCGCUUCUUCACCAGCAUGCUCGCCGAGAUCUCGUCCAUCGAGACCAGCCUCCCCGAGACUGCCAUUGGCUGCCUCAAGAGCAUUGCCAACGUCCUUGGUAUCGUCCAGCCGACCUACGCCCCGCGCUUUGCGUUUGGCUGGAUCUCCAUUGUCUCGCACCGUCUCUUCAUGUCCAAGCUCCUCGGCGCCCCGCGCCAGGAAGGAUGGGCCGACUACCACCGCUGCGUCAUGUGGCUUCUCCGCUUCGUGUCGCCGUUCAUCGGCACCAGCGCGCCCGAGAUGACUCCUGCGUCUCGCAGCCUCUACCGCGCCACGCUGCGCAUCUUGCUCGUGCUCAUGCACGACUUCCCGGGCUUCCUUGUCGAGUACUACCACACACUCUCGACGGCCAUCCCGGCCCAGUGCGUCCAGCUUCGCAACAUUGUCCUUGCCGCGUUCCCCGCCGCCGACGCCCCGCUGCCCGACUGGUACAAGCGUCUCGACGAGCUCAUCCCGGACAUGCAGUCGUUCCCGCGUGUCCGCCAGGACCACGUCAGCGCGCUCAGCUCGGGCAACGUCAAGCAAGCCAUUGACCAAUACGUCCACACUGGCAGCCCCAAUGGAAACGUCAUUGUCAACGAGCUCAAGAACCGCAUCGCAGUUCAAAAGGUCCUCCCCGACGGCACGUCGACCACCGUGUGGAACACCACGUUGCUCCACGCUACCGUCUUCUACCUCGGCACCUCGGCCAUCCACCGUCACUACAUGUCGUCGGGUGUCGCCGAGUUUGACCCCAAGGACCCCGCUGUGCCCCUUCUGGUCAGCCUCGCCUACUCGUUCGAUGCCGAGGGCCAGUACCUCAUGCUCUCGGUCAUCGCCGACCAGCUCCGCUACCCGUCGGCACACACCCUCUUCUUCGCGUCGCUCAUGCUCUACCUGUUCAAGGUGACAUCCGACUCGUCGAUUCCCGAGCGUAUCGCCCGCGUUCUGCUCGAGCGCGUCAUUGUCGCUCGCCCGCACCCGUGGGGCCUCAUCGUCACCUUUGUCGAGCUUCUCGAAAACCCCGCGUACGGCUUCUGGGAUCAGACGUUCGUCCGGGCCGACGACGAGAUCUUCAUGAUGUUCCGUCGCGCGCGCGAGAACUUCGGCACGCAGAUGCACUAG